GAUGAGAUUCCCCCUGUUCGAUUCUAUCUCUACCGCGGACGGACGGACCCUUCGUCCUCCCUCCCCACAAAUCCACACCACACCAGACCAGGCCCAGAGAGGAGGACCAAACCCUAGCCAGCUCGCUCGCUCCCCAGAUCCCGCCGACGAGCCCGUCCCCGACCACCGAUGGCCGCGCCCGCCGUCUAGCCAGCCAGCUGCCCGCGAGCAGAGCGCAGAUCGGGCAGGCAUGGAGGAGGACGCGGCCGCCGCGGCGCCCGACUCGUGGGAGACGGCCGACCUCGACGGGGCCAUGAGCCGCCUGCUCCUCUCCUCCUCCUCCUCCUCGGCCAACUCCGCCGCGCGCAGGGUCUCCUCCUCGCCCGACCUCGCCGACGACCACCAGCCGGACGCGCAGCAGCAGCAGCAGCAGGCCGACGAUCCCGUCGCGCAGGUCGACCAGUUCCUCCGCGAGGCCCUCGAGAAGCCCCGCGAGCGCCUCUCAGUGCUACGGAUGGAGCAAGACAUUCUCAAGUUCCUCCGUGACCCUGGGCAGACGCAGUUCGAGUUCCAGGGCCUUCCGACUUCGUACCUGCGUCUUGCUGCGCACCGUCUGGCACAGCAUUAUUUCCUGAUAUCAAUCGCCCUGCCGGAUAACAGCUUGCCUGAUGGAACCAGUUCUCGGAUCAUCCUUCGUAAGACGUCUGCUGAAUGCCGAUUGCCUGCUGUCCGCCUAGCUGACAUUCCAGUUAAUUUGCCUCAAGAAGAGACCAGCGCUGUGGCCACCAAAGUAGCUAUUAAGCAAAGGCCUCAGAAGAAUCAUCAUGGGGGCGCAGGCGCAGGUGCUAACUCUUCCAGAGGCAACCUUCAGAAAAGCGUUGAGGAGAGGAAAGAGGAAUACAACAGGGCACGUGCUCGCAUAUUUAACAACAGCAGUGGUAGCAGUAGUCCGGUUGAUGGAAGACCAGCUGAUGAAGUUGUUUUGCCCAACACCCUACAUAGGUCCACUUCCUUGGAGUUGAACCCAAACACCAGGUACGGUGAGUUGGCUGAAGCUACCCUUGAAAGGAGUUUGACUAGCACUGCAUCUAGCAGCAGAUCAAAUAAUAGAAGCAGGAUUGACAAGGAGCCUCCAGUCAAUAGAGGCAGGCAAGGCAAUAGGGUGGCGAUAUUUCGAGACCGUGACUCUGAUCGCAAGGAUCCUGAUUAUGACAGAAGCUAUGACAGGUAUAUGCAAAGAUUUGAUCCUGGAUUUGGUUUUAAUGGAGGCGCGUACACCAUUCAACCUUUGUAUGCUCCUGCUGUUACCUACAACACUGAGUUCCCCCAGCUUGGGUCGCCACAAAUGUCUCCUGUUCCUGUUGAACAGCAGCAGCCUCAUCCAAUGGCUCAGCACAUGCCUGGGCCCUGGUCGCCGGCUCAAUCACCUAAUGCAGUUGGCUACAGGCCUCCAGAUGGUGUUAUGCCACCCUACAGUCCUGGUCAAGCUGGUGCUCCUGUCAGGUCGUCUGUUUUCAUGCAUGCUUCCCAGCAAUAUGCUAUGCCUUCACGCCCAGGAGUCACGUUUGUACAUCCACAGGAUUCCAUGCGACCAUUUGCACAGACUCACCACCAACAACAAUCUGAAGCUAGUCUACGGUUAGCCCGGCCCCGGUGAGGGGCCCUGGGCAUGCCUGCUCCUGCCAGCACACGCUGAACUUCCAAAUCAAAUAAAAUGGGAUAUCCGUCUCAUUUCUGGCUGGCAGGAGCAGGCAUGAAAGAACCGAGAAGCGCCGGGCCGAGCUAGUCAUCCACCUGAUCUUGUCAUGCCCGUGCGCUUCUCGGUGUUGUUGCUCCCUGCACAUUGAGAUGCAGGCGGGGCACGUACUCCUUCAUCGGUCGGUGGAGUAAACUGCAGACAGUCGCGUGGACUUCGGGAAGUCCAUCGCAUGAAAAGAAGCUGAGGAGUUGAGGGCAGAGCCGGUCGCCCUCUCGCCCUUGGCUCGGUCUCUUUGUUCUCAGCAAAUGCUACCGCCACUGGCUCCUUGGAAGACAGUGGCGCCAUGUGGGCUGCAAGAGAAGAGAAGAGAAGAGAGUGGCGUGGGGGCAUCCAGCAUGUGGAUUGACGGCCAGGACCUGGCCACAUGCAGCUGCCCGACUGGAGCACCAGGCCAAGCGCUCCUACUGGCUCUGGCCGAAGACAAUGAACUGCUAUGUGCAGCUGCUCGACUGGAGCACCAGGCCAAGCGCUCCUAUUGCGUCUGGCCGAAGACAAUGAACUGCCACGUGCAGCUGCCUGACUGGAGCACCAGGCUCUGCGCUCCUAUUGCGUCUGGGUGAAGCCGCACUGGUGUGAAGCUACGGGACUCGAGCUGGAGCAGAUGAAGCCGCACUGGUGUGAAGGUGCGUGCCUUGAGCCGGAGCAGAGGCAAGCUGCAUCGACUGCCGCCCCCUGUCAUUGCCACCCUUGCUCUCAGGGGCCUCCAGGCAACUGCCGCCGCUGAUGAUGAUGACGACGAAGAGUUUCAAGUCCUGGCUUUGUGUUGUCUUUAAGAUAAGAUUCUUCAAUUCGAACCUGGUACUAGUAUAGAGUACUAAGUAUGUGUCUGUACAUACAUGGUAGUAGUAGUUGGGUGACCCCCAACUUGUCUAUUAACUGACUAUGUUGUUAUGUUAUUACAACUUGAGAUGCUGCUGGGAUCCGUUAGCUUUUUAUUACGACAUAUUUCAUAUUUGUGCCGUGAAA